CGCAGCUUCGCAAUCACACCGCGGAGAGGAGCGCAGGAGAGGGCGAAAAAUGAUUAAUCUGUCAGAGCGGAAUUUGUUUUCGGGAUGAAGCCGCUCUGACAUCCAGCCGACCUGUACGAAAACACACAAGCACACACGAUUAAUGUACGGGAAUAUAAGAUCCAGCAGGUGGUGCUUGUGUAAUCGUGCAGGGUCUGGUCACUCGUCUUUGCUGCCUGAUCUGCGCGUCGGUUCAGCACCGGACAGCGACCGAGACCAACGGACACUGAAAACACCGAGGGAAUCCUGAGGCGGGUCGCUCCGACCCUCGCUUGGCUCGGGGCAACGCGCGGCUAGAUGACUUCACUACAUCAACAAGCACCGCGGUAUCCUGGACUAAUAUAGCAGCGCCACACAUCCUCCCUCCACCCCCCUUACUCCUCCUCCUCCUCCUCCUCCUUCCUCCUCCUUUUCUCUCUCUCCAUUCGCUGAUCCUUAGUCCCUCAGUCUAAAGGCACCAUGGGAAACCGUGGCAUGGAGGAGCUGAUCCCACUGGUCAACAGGCUGCAGGAUGCCUUCAGCUCCAUUGGGCAGGCCUGCAACCUGGACCUUCCGCAGAUCGCGGUGGUCGGUGGGCAGAGUGCGGGAAAAAGCUCCGUGCUGGAGAACUUUGUGGGCAGGGACUUCCUGCCCCGUGGAUCUGGCAUUGUCACCCGCAGGCCUCUGGUUCUGCAGCUUAUCAGCGCCAAUGCAGAAUGGGCUGAAUUUCUGCAUUGCAAAGGGAAGAAAUUCACAGAGUUCGACGAGGUUCGCCAAGAGAUCGAGGCAGAGACGGACAGGGUCACAGGGGCAAACAAAGGCAUAUCUCCAGUCCCCAUCAACCUGCGAGUUUACUCCCCACAUGUGCUGAAUCUGACUCUCAUCGACCUGCCGGGGAUCACUAAGGUGCCUGUUGGGGACCAGCCUGCAGACAUUGAGCAGCAGAUCAGAGACAUGAUCAUGCAGUUCAUCACCCGAGAGAGCUGCCUGAUUCUGGCAGUCACCCCGGCAAACACUGACCUAGCCAACUCUGACGCUCUGAAACUGGCGAAGGAUGUCGACCCACAGGGUCUUCGGACUAUUGGAGUGAUCACCAAACUGGAUUUGAUGGACGAAGGCACAGAUGCACGAGAUGUGCUGGAGAACAAGCUGCUUCCGCUGCGAAGAGGAUAUAUUGGAGUGGUGAAUCGUAGUCAGAAGGACAUUGACGGGAAAAAAGACAUCAGAGCUGCUCUUGAGGCCGAGAGGAAAUUCUUCUUCUCUCACCCCUCGUACAGGCAUAUGGCUGACAGAAUGGGCACCCCGCGUCUGCAGAAAGUGCUCAACGAGCAACUGACCAACCACAUCCGGGACACCCUGCCAGCUUUCCGCAGUAAGCUGCAGUCCCAGCUGUUGGCUCUGGACAAGGAGGCCGAGGAAUACCGGGGAUACCGACCUGAUGACCCGUCACGCAAAACCAAGCAGCUGCUGCAGAUGGUGCAGCAGUUCUCAGUGGAUUUUGAGAAAAGGAUUGAGGGCUCAGGGGAUCAGGUGGACACGGUGGAGCUGUCUGGUGGAGCAAAAAUCAACCGCAUCUUCCAUGAGCGUUUCCCCUUUGAGCUGGUCAAGAUGGAGUGUGAUGAGAAGGAGAUGCGUCGUGAGAUCAGUUACGCCAUCAAGAACAUCCACGGUAUCAGGACUGGAUUGUUCACCCCUGACAUGGCGUUUGAGGCCAUCGUAAAGAAGCAGAUCAUAAAGCUGAAGGAGCCGUGUGUCAAGUGUGUUGACAUGGUCAUCCAAGAAUUGAUUAAUGUCGUACGCCAGUGCUCCACAAAGCUUGAGUGCUUCCCCAUGCUGCGGGAGGAAACUGAGAGAAUUGUGACGUCUCAUAUCAGAGACAGAGAAAGUCGGGCCAAAGACCAGGUUCUGCUGUUGAUAGACAUCCAGCUCUCUUAUAUCAACACCAACCACGAAGACUUCAUCGGCUUUGCUAAUGCGCAGCAGAGGAGCAGUCAGACCAACAAGAGCCAGAGUUCAGCGGGGAAUCAGGUGAUUCGUAAAGGCUGGUUGACCAUCAACAACAUCAGCAUCAUGAAGGGAGGAGCCAAAGAGUACUGGUUUGUGCUGACAGCUGAGAGCCUCUCCUGGUUCAAGGAUGACGAGGAGAAAGAGAAGAAGUACAUGCUCCCUCUGGACAACCUGAAGGUCCGCGAUGUGGAGAAGAGUUUCAUGUCCAGCAAGCACAUAUUCUGUAUCUUCAACACAGAGUCGAGGAAUGUGUACAAGGAUAAUCGUACCCUGGAGUUGGCCUGUGACUCUCAGGAUGAUGUGGACAGCUGGAAAUCGUCUCUCCUGCGGGCGGGGGUCUAUCCUGAGAAGACCAUUACGGUUGAAAGUGAGACCACAACCACUUCAGAUAACUUCUCCAUGGACCCUCAGCUAGAGCGUAAAGUGGAAACUAUCCGUAACCUGGUGGACUCCUACAUGGCCAUAGUCAACAAGUGCAUCCGAGACCUCAUGCCCAAGACCAUCAUGCAUCUCAUGAUCAUAAAUGUGAAGGACUUUAUCAACGCAGAGCUGUUGGCUCAGCUGUACUCUUCUGGUGACCAGAAUACUCUGAUGGAUGAAUCCCAGGAGCAGGCCCAGAGGAGGGACGAGGUGCUGAGGACCCACCAGGCCCUAAAGGAAGCGCUAGGCAUUAUCGGCGACAUCUCCACGACUACCGUCUCCACUCCAAUGCCUCCGCCUGUCGACAACUCCUGGGUGGGAGGAUCCAGUGGAAGUCGCAGGUCUCCUCCACCCAGCCCUACUGCUCCAAGGAGGAUGUCCUCAGGACAGCGUCCAGCUCCCCGAGGGGCCCCACCACCUCCAAACCGCCCAGGACCUCUGGGGCCAUUCAAUAACAGUGCCGACAGUCCCCAAGCCCCCAGCCGUCCCAACAGGGCCCCUCCCAGCAUCCCCAGUCGGCGACCCCCUCCAUCUCCAACAAGACAAGCUCCACCAUAAACAUCUUGCAGGGCUUCCUCCAUGCUCCUGUCUCCCUCUCUUUCCCUCUCCUGCUCCCUCCCCAGCCAUGGCUCUGCUGUUCUGCUCUCUCCUUUAGUGCAGACGCUGAAGUCUUUGACUCUAAAUUUCCUGCCAGGUGACGAUGUCCAUAUAUCUAUGUACAGUAUGGUACUUGUCUUGUGGUGUAUGUGUACGUGCGCUUGUUGCUCGCCUGUGCUCCAGGUUUGCUUAGCAGAUCCACUACCCUGGUACCCGUCCCUGAACCCCGAAAACCUCUACCUAACACAUUCAUAUACAAACCCCUUCACCUCAUCAUCCACCAACUCCUUUUGCUGCUUCUACAUGAAAAUACGCUGAGCAGUCGUACUGCCCUACUCAUUCCAAAACGCAGCAUGGCACAUGAGCUGCUUUUAUUGCAUGGGAGUGUGCGUAUGUAGAGCGUGUGUGUGUGUUUUGUGCGUAUGUGUAUAUGGGGGCAGGACUAAUUUGCCUCUAUGUAGGCUGUUUAUUUAGUAUUGUAUUAAUUUAUUGAAGAACGCCCCUCUUUAAAUGUUAAUUAUCAGCUUAAUGUUCUCUUAGGGACAGAAGUUGUAUCUUAGUAUGUGUGAUAACGUGUGUGGGAGUAAGAGUGUGUGAGGAUAUGUGUGCAUGUGCUGUCCGUCUGCACGUUUGUUGGCGUUUCAGUUGUGUUUGUUUUCAUGGUCGGAGCUGUUAAAGAUGACUCAUUAAGCCCUCGGGGGUAAAUUUAAUGUUGGACUUCUGUGCGUUGUUCCUGUGUUGUUGUUGUAGCAGCCGUACACACACAUAGCAAGGCUGAGGAGCACCUUCAGUAUUAUUAUCUCUAUGGAAGCAGCAUCAAUAAAACAUUUAACCUCGUCAUAGGUGCCCACCUGUGCUGUAUCAAUGGUCAAGUUGUGACCCUCACAGUCUUAAGCUCUGAUUCAGAUGCUGAUUGAUGAGAUGGAACACGUCACUUGGAAGCGAAAACCUUAGAAUUAAAUUAUCUAUGAAGCAUUUAACACAAAUAUUUCCAUUUAGCAUUUUUCUCAGGUUUUCACAUCACAACUUUCACUCUUUAUCUUAUCACUUGUUUCCUCUUUAAGUUCCUCCUCUCUCACCAUUAAAGGUCAGUCAGCGUCUGCACCUGAGCUUAAGGUGCUGUCGUCAACGUUCAAGUGCUUCUCUGUCUGUUUGUUAUUGUGUAUGUGGGCCUAAACUGUGUUCUGAUGUAUAUAGGUAAUGAUAAGGAGAUACUGUACCUGUGGACUAUAAAGACCUCAUCAAGGAUCCUAGCGCUUUAAUCGUUCUCUGUGUCUCUACUCACUAAAGCUCUCUUCUAUCUAAUUUAGACUGCCUUAUCGGCAUGAAUUACAACUCUAUAUUGCCAAAGCUAAAUAUAGAAAGAGAAUCAGAAAGUCCAGAAAAAAUAAGAAAAAUCUGCUGAGGACCAACACAAAUUGUUCCAGCUGUAGUGAGGUGGUAUCGUUUAGCAGAGGGCAAAAUGUUAAACUGGGGAAUCGCAUCAGUUGUUAUUUUCUGUGUCUGUAUCGCUCCUCAAUAAACU